CGCGGCGAGGUGGGGCCUGGCGUGUGCCCCGGAAGUGCCUGUCUUCGGCUGACAGCUGCUGGCGCGGCGGCGGCCGGUGUGAGGAAGAUGGCGCUGCGGCCGGGAGCAGGAGCUGGCGGCGGGGCCGCGGGCGCUGGCGCGGGCGCUGCCGGGGGAGGCAGCUUCAUGUUUCCUGUUGCAGGUACAAUAAGACCCUCUCAAGCAGGCCUCAUGCCAAUGCAGCAACAAGGAUUUCCUAUGGUCUCUGUCAUGCAGCCCAAUAUGCAAGGCAUGAUGGGAAUGAAUUACAGCUCUCAAAUGUCCCAGGGACCAAUUGCUAUGCAGGCAGGGAUACCAAUGGGACCAAUGCCAGCAGCAGGAAUGCCUUACCUGGGACAAGCACCAUUCCUGGGCAUGCGUCCUCCAGGCCCGCAGUAUACUCCAGACAUGCAGAAGCAGUUUGCUGAAGAGCAGCAAAAACGAUUUGAACAACAGCAAAAGCUUUUAGAAGAAGAAAGAAAAAGACGCCAGUUUGAAGAGCAGAAGCAAAAGCUUAGACUUCUGAGUAGUGUAAAACCCAAGGCAGGAGAGAAGAGUAGAGAUGAUGCUUUGGAAGCCAUCAAAGGAAAUUUAGAUGGAUUUUCCAGAGAUGCUAAGAUGCACCCUACCCCAGCAUCACACCCCAAGAAAUCAGAUUGCCCCACAUCAUCUCAUUCUACUAAAACUGUCUCCCCAUCACCUGCCUUUCUUGAUGAAGAAGAAUUCAGUGACUUUAUGCAGGGGCCUAUUGAGGUUCCCACAUGUGGGCCUUCUUCCACAGCCCAGCCCUUUCAGUCUUUCCAUCCCACCACCCCACUUGGGCAGUUGCACACACAGAAGGCUGGUGCACAGCCUCUCCCUCCAGGUCAGAUUCCAGUGUCUUUUGCCUUACAUGGUAUCCCUGGGCAAACCCCUUAUUUCUCUGCCGCUUCAGCCUCCCACCAUGUGCAGAAAACAGGCCCGCCCUUGGAGGACAAGCUACUAGUGUCUUGUGACAUAAGUACAUCUGGGCAGGAACAAAUUAAAUUAAAUACAUCUGAAGUUGGGCACAAAGCCUUGGGCCAAGUUUCCAGUAAGAACCAGCCCAGUUUAACGGCCAAUAAUGGGGUUGCUGUAGAUGGAUGUGUAAGUGGUGCCACCAUUACAGAGGCAGAAAAGACUUCAGACCAAAACCUGUCAAUUGAAGAGAGUGGUGUGGGAGUGUUUCCCACACAAGAUCCUGUUCAGCCCAGAAUGCCUUCCUGGAUCUACAAUGAGAAUUUGGUUCCAGAUGCCUACAAGAAAAUUUUAGAAACCACAAUGACUCCAACCGGAAUAGAUACUGCUAAACUUUAUCCCAUUCUGAUGUCAUCUGGACUUCCCAGGGAAACUCUUGGACAGAUAUGGGCCUUAGCUAAUCGAACUACACCUGGCAAACUUACCAAGGAAGAACUUUAUACUGUUCUCGCCAUGGUAGCAGUAACACAGAGAGGUGUCCCUGCCAUGAGUCCUGAUACUUUGACUCAGUUCCCAGCAGCCCCUAUUCCAACCUUAAGUGGCUUUCCAAUGACUCUGCCUGCCCCUGUGAGUCAGCCCACUGUGAUCCCGUCAGGGCCUGCAGGUUCCAUGCCUCUCAGCCUCGGACAACCAGCCGUAGGUAUUAACCUUGUUGGACCAGUGGGUGGAGCUGCAGCCCCAGCUUCUAGUGGCUUCAUGCCAACUUACCCAACAAAUCAGGUGGGAAAGCCAGAAGAUGAUGAUUUCCAGGAUUUUCAAGAUGCUUCUAAAUCAGGAUCUCUUGAUGAUUCAUUCACUGAUUUCCAAGAGGUUCCUGCUUCUUCAAAACCAAAUAAUUCCCAGCAUGGAAACAGUGCCCCAUCAUUGUUGAUACCACUUACAGGAACUAAAGCAUUGGCUUCAGGGGAUAAAUAUGCAGUGUUUAAAGGAAUUGCAGCUGACAAGCCCUCUGAAAAUACUAUUCCUUUUGGAGAACCUGGUGACAAAUACAGUGCUUUUAGAGAACUCGAACAGACAACUGAAAAUAAACCUCUGGGAGAGAGCUUUGCAGAAUUCAGAUCUGCAGGAGCUGAUGAUGGUUUCACCGAUUUUAAAACAGCCGAUAGUGUAUCACCACUAGAGCCACCGACAAAGGACAAAACUUUUCCAGCAUCCUUCCCUACAGGAACUACACAACAGAAACAACCACUACAAAUAAAAAAUCCUCUGAACUUAGCAGACCUGGAUAUGUUUUCCUCAGUUAACUGUAGCAGUGAGAAACCAUUGUCUUUUUCAGCUGCAUUCAGCACUUCAAAAUCAGUUUCUGCACAGGCUCAGCCAGCAGGUUCUACUGCAACUACAUCAGCACCAACAUCAAAUAAAAAUUCUAGUUUGGCUGAUGAUUUUGGCGAAUUCAACCUUUUUGGGGAAUAUACUAGCCCAGCACCUAUUGGGGAACAAGAUGACUUUGCAGAUUUUAUGGCUUUCAAUAAUAGUUCUAUUUCAUCUGAACAAAAGGCAGACGACAAAUAUGAUGUCCUUAAAGAGGAAACUAGUCCUGUUCCUCUAACCAGCAACUUGGGCAGCACAGUGAAGAGUACACAGAACCCAGUUGCUGCAUCUACCAAAUACGAUGUCUUCAAACAGCUUUCUCUAGAAGGAGCUGGCCUAGGUGUUGAAGAAUUGAAAGAUAACACUCCUUCUGGAAAAAGUGAUGAUGAUUUUGCUGACUUCCACUCAAGUAAGUUUUCUUCCAUGAACUCAGACAAAUCUCUGACAGAGAAAGCAGUAGCUUUCAGACAUACCAAAGAAGACUCUGCUUCAGUGAAGUCCUUGGAUCUGCCUUCAAUUGGUGGCAGCAGUGUUGGCAAGGAGGACUCUGAAGAUGCACUCUCUGUUCAGUUUGACAUGAAAUUGGCUGAUGUGGGAGGAGAUCUUAAGCAUGUCAUGUCUGAUAGCUCUUUGGAUUUACCAACAGUUAGUGGCCAGCAUCCUCCUGCUGCAGAUAUAGAGGACUUAAAAUAUGCUGCUUUUGGAAACUACAGUAGCAGUUUUGCCAUGAGCACACUUACGAGCUAUGACUGGUCAGACAGGGAUGAUGCAUCUCAGGGCAGAAAACUUUCUCCAUUUGUCCUCUCAGCAGGAAGGGGAUCCUCCUCAGCUGCCGCAGUUCUUCAAAAGAAAGAGACAUCAUUUGGCAGUUCUGAAAACAUCACCCAGCCGUCUCUAUCCAAAGUAACCACCUUUGCAAGUGAAGACAGUCUUUCAGAGUCUACCUUCCCAGCUUUUGCCAGUUUUACAGAGAUGAUUCCUCAGACAAAUGAGCAAAAGGAAUAUGAAAGUGGAGACUGUAAAGAUUUCACAAGACAGGACCUGUCCAUAGCGGAACAGAACCAAGAGAACGCGUGUCCAAGCCCAGCUUCCAGUGGCGCCUCUCUUGAAACACCCAAAGAAUGUUCAGAUGACUUUGGAGAGUUUCAAAGUGAAAAGCCCAAAAUCAGCAAAUUUGACUUUUUAGUAGCCAAUUCACAAAGCAAAAUGAAGUCCAGUGAAGAAAUGAUCAAAAGUGAGCUAGCAACUUUUGACCUUUCUGUUCAAGGAUCACACAAGAGGAGCUUGAGCCUUGGUGAUAAAGAAAUUAGCCGGUCUUCUCCUUCUCCAGCUCUGGAGCAGCCUUUCAGAGACCGUUCCAACACUCUGAAUGAGAAGCCAGCUCUGCCUGUCAUCCGUGACAAGUACAAAGAUCUGACUGGAGAGGUGGAGGAAAAUGAGAGAUACGCGUAUGAAUGGCAGAGAUGCCUGGGGAGUGCCCUGGAUGUCAUUAAGAAAGCAAAUGAUACCUUAAAUGGAAUUAGUAGUAGUGCUGUUUGUACAGAAGUUAUUCAGUCAGCUCAAGGCAUGGAAUAUUUAUUAGGAGUUGUUGAGGUAUACAGAGUAACCAAGCGUGUGGAACUGGGGAUAAAAGCCACUGCAGUGUGCAGUGAGAAACUCCAGCAGUUACUGAAGGAUAUCGAUAAAGUUUGGAAUAACCUGAUCGGCUUUAUGUCACUUGCCACUCUCACUCCAGAUGAAAAUUCCCUGGAUUUUUCCUCCUGUAUGCUGCGGCCCGGGAUUAAAAAUGCCCAGGAACUUGCCUGUGGGGUGUGUCUCUUAAACGUGGACUCCAGGAGCCGGAAAGAAGAGAAGCCUGCAGAAGAACAUCCUAAAAAAGCAUUCAACUCAGAAACAGACAGUUUCAAGCUGGCAUACGGAGGGCACCAGUACCACGCCAGCUGUGCCAACUUCUGGAUUAACUGUGUUGAACCAAAGCCUCCCGGCCUCAUCCUGCCUGAUUUGCUCUGAAGAGUUCCUCCAUGAAGCACCAACAGUUUUGUUUUUGUUUUCUGUCACUCACCUUGGAGUGACAUGGACCAAUAAACAGAAUGUGAGUACUGUGAAAUUCACCUCCAUGAAUCUGUAUGAAGAAUUCCCCAAGAAGUAGGGCAGGAAAACACAGUGGCGCCUCCAGUCACUCCUGCAGGCAACCUUUUGAUAUCUGUUCGCACCGCCUGCCUUUGGGAUUUGUGGUAAAAUUGCCCUUCUCAAAUAGUGUAUGACAUCUGAUGUUUUCUUACUUAUUUCUAGUUCUCAUAAGGUGUUUUAAAAUAUGGACCACAGUUUUCUUUAUGAAAGAAUUUGCUGCUACAGUAUUGAAGCUGUGAAGAAUUGACAUUUACAGAGCAGUAAGUUACUGUUGUAGGACUGGAGUUGGGUAGACUGUUGCAAGCUAGUGCUUGCUUAUAUCUGGGACACAGAUGGUACUGUGAAGUCAACUACAUUUCUCUGCAUUAGUUUAUAAAGAUUUGACACGAAUAAAAAGAGAAUAGAGUGGUUAGCCUGGCACUCUAUCUUCUUUAAAAAAAAUCCUGCUUAUCUCUGUUAUACAGUGGUAGACAGUGAGGACAGAGCGUCUUUGCUGUCAUGCCUGCGCCUCUUCUCCACAGCUUUCCCUUUACUCUUGAUUCGUCAGCUCUAAAGAACUUUUUCCCAAAACGUACCUGGGCCCUUUGCUGGGGAGGAAUCCAUUUGACAGAGGCCUAAAACCUGUAUACUAGGAUGAAUGUCCUUUUUCAGAGCUCUUGCUGAAAACCUGUUUUGCUUCACAGAAAGGUGAAUAUGAAUGAUUUUUUCUAGGCACUUUUCUAGACAAAAUCUGGAAAGGGAGCUAAGUGUGGUGGUGCACACCUGUAAUCCUGGCACUUGAGAAGCUGAGGCAGGAGGUCACUUGUGAGUCUGAGGCCAGCCUGGGCUGCAGUCAGUUUAAGGCCAGCUGAACCACACAGUGAGACCCUGUCUAAAAAACUCUGGAGAGGCCAUGGAAUGCAGUCUCUUUGCAGCAGCCUCUCUUUGUUUCCGGCGAUGACUGCGUAGGAGCCAGCACUGCUGGACCUCACAGAAUCCCUGAGAGAGAGAGCAGAGAAUACACUCAGGGAGAGACGGUGAGCUCCAGCCCAGUGAGCAGAAUGGUGACUGUAUGUGUAUUUAGGGUGGAGUCACACCACGGAGGCAUGGAAGGAAAUCGUGCAACAACAGUAUUAAAUUUUAAAAGGAAAAGACUCAUGGAGUCUGGUGUAGGAGUGUUUUUUGUUUGUUGUUUGACAUUUAAGCUGAAUGCAUAAAAUUAGGAGAACAAAAGCCACGUGGUUAGGGGCUAUUAUUUCUGAGGAAGAAUAUACCAGUCUGGGGCAAAUGUUUCUGGGAACUGUCAGCUAUCUGCUUUAUGAAGAGAUUUUGAAGCUCAUAUGACUCACUCUGUGUGACUUGGGCUCUAUGACAUAGACUUUGAUUUUACUUGAAAACUGAAGAAGUUGACUUCCAUCUAAGUGCUGCUUUUACAGAGUUACUUUCUCAUUUGAGAAAAAAACUUGAGGGAAUUUUGUGUUCUUAUACCUUUCACAUUUUCUCUAAGAAAGUUUAGACUAUUUUAAACAAUUAUUGACGUGGCUUCUGAUUUACCUUGCUGUAUACCAGAACACCCAAGCACUGAUGAAAUGUUCUUAUUUGCACCAGAUGACACCAACUCCAGCUAUCAGUGACCAGGACAGCUAACUCAGUUGCUGCCUGGAGCAUUUACUCUGCAGUAGUAGGGGCCACUUCAUCCUGGACUGCCCUAGGAUUUCAGCCUAACUAACAGCUUUCUGGGUAGUCUUGUAACCUCUAUCCCAGAACCAGAAUGAGAAACAGUGCUUCCCAGUCUGAUAAACUUUGUAUUGCUGCAACCAGUUUUGGAAAUCCUGUAUGGGGUGUUACCCUGUCACUGUCACCCCUAUCAGUGACGGUGAACCUUUCAGAGCUCUCAGUGAUAACAAACGGCCUGCUGCAGCACACAUGUCAGAGGUUCACCACUGGCCUGUAUCAAUGACAUUCUUUUAAAGCACCCUUUACUAGAUUGGCUUUCAUUCCUAGAUUUAUUUUAGAAUGCCCGAGAUAAAUUCCUGAGUAUAAUCACAGUUAUCUUCACCAAGUAUGAUCAAUUUAGUCACUUUUUGGGAGGCACCAGAGGAAAACUUGGGAGACACUAUUAAAAAAAACCUUCACAAUGAAAAGUAUUCAUUACUUUUAGUAUCUUUAAUACCUGAAAUGUUUAGAUACCACCUAUAAGGGUUUGGGGAGUGUGAAAUGCCUUUGGGCUGGUUUUCUCUUUAUGCAUUUACUAAAACAGCUCAGCAUUGCAUUCAGCUUCACCUCAGCUCUGCUCUUGUAGCAAAGAGCCCAGUGUCCUUGGAAACAGUAACCAAGGUUACGUAUUUCCAUGCUGUGCAUUGUGUCAGCAGCUUCACCCCACUGCUUGAAUGGCGAUUAAUAAGCACUUUUCCUCUUUGGUAUUGUUUUGUCUUUUAAAUUUCUGUAGCUUAGUGUGUAAUUUAAUUUUUUGUCUGGACAUGCUUGAAAUAAAAAAGGUACAAGGUAGACAGGAUAUUACCCAUGCUUUGUCUGUAGCCAUUGCAUUUCACAUAGGCUACAUAUUUUUAAAUUGCAUAUUUUGUGUAUAAAAGCUGUCUGUGAUUGGGGGGGGGACGUCUUGUUUAAAGAUAUCCUCUCCUUUCCCAUGUAGGUAGUUUGUUCUUGCCAGACAUGGUGGCACAUACCUGUGGUCCAGCACUUGGGAAGUUCAGGCAGGAGGAUCUCCAGUUCAAGGCCAGUUCAAACUACAUAGUGAGACCCUGUCUCAAAAACAGUGUUGUAAGUUUUUAGAAAGUGGUAAGGGUUGUAUGUUCUAGAAAUUUGAAAUGUUUGCCCUGUAGUGGGAACCACUAUGAAAAUUCCCUUACCACAGUCGAGGUCAGACUCCUUCUUUUGUGAACAACGAGGAGACUGGGGACAUUUUCAAAGGCAUUUACCAUUCAGAAGAGAGCAUUAUAGCCUGCUGUAGACCAUUCUGGCAAAUACCAGAAUGUGGGGGGCAAGAUGCAUUUAGCCUAUGUCUUUUUAUGUUUAGAUUGUGUAGUACUUCUUUAGGUAAGUCUGCACCAAAUAAUAUCAGAAAGAUUUCUUACAAGGUCAAGCCAAGGAAAUAAAAGCUUAGUAAGUGGAACAACUCCCAGUUGAAUAACGCUGCUUUAUAGGUAUUUUUCUACCAUAACAAAGGAUCACUUUAACAGAAGUUUUACUAAAUUCCUUUGUGUUGAUGUGAACAUAGUAAGUGGUUUUAAAGCAUUCACAGGAGACAUCUCGUUAUUUUGUAGCUGUGGUUGUAUUAACUAGUGAGUACGUGGGUCCAUAGUAAGAUGCGUUGUCUUGUGUAUGAUGUGAAAUUUGUUCCUGUACUUUAAAAAGUGCUGUGAUUUUUUUCCUUUGUUUAUAUUUUAAUAAAAACUGUCCAGACUGA